AUGGACCUCUUGGUAUCGAGGAAGAAGAAAAGCACGAGGAAACGGUUGUUUCCUUUUUUCGGCUCGCAGAAGCCUACGGGGAACGCUUUCGUGGAAGACAGAUCCCGUUAUUACGACUUUGCUGAUACACCUGUGCUCUUUCGCCCUCCGUCUCCUCUUAUUGACCGCCAAAAUAUUUCCUCGGAUCUUAAUGAGGAGCUUCGAGAUUCCUGUGCAGUACUCUUCCGGGGCAUCGAGCUAGUGGAAACACCCUGCUAUUCUCGACCAGAGUCAGUGAAAGCGGACAAAGGACACACGCAAGCUGAGGCUGAGGCUGAGGCUGAGACAAUGAAGAAAUCUCAGUCUCCAUCCAACUAUCUGUCGCCAAAUAUCGGAUCGGAUACUGCUACUCGGAGAGGAAAGCAUGAUUCUGGCAUAGACCUUGAAGGUCGAAGGUCUAGUGGUCAAGGAGUGGAAAUCUCGCAGUUUUACGAAACAGCAUCCGAGCCCAAGAGUCAAUCUGUCCGUACGAGCAUCCAGUCCAUAAAGAGUCUAGUGUUCCAAUCUUCCGGCACGGACGUAUCUCAUGAUCAAGACCCUCACACCCUGGCUUUCCUUUCCGAACGGUCACUCUGCAAGUCAUUUGAAGGCGAGGACUCAGAAGCAGUGGAGGUGUUUCUGAACCCUGAUACGACCUCCAAACCUUGUAGAGUUCCAAGCCUUUCCCGACCUCAAACCUCCCGGUUAACACGCAAGCAAUGUUUCGAGAAUCUUCAAGAUGUAACACCAGACGUCACUCUACGAAACUCAACGGCUUUUAGUGAGCUUGACUUUUCUGACCCAAACCAUGUGAAACAAGAUACAAGACCCGCAACAGCAAUCGAACUCGGCGUCUCAUACCACCAAGAAAAAGGCCAUGGAGCUGUCGUCAUAGACAGCAACGGUCUGGUUCAUGUCAUGUCUGCUGAAGAAGAAGCACAGCGUCGCGCAGAUCUGCAGCGUGCCGUCACGGAGAAGAUGACGGGCAUCAUUGGGGCCAACACAGAGAGCUCCUCCAACCUACCGGACAAUGCUAAACGUGAGAACCUCGCUGGUCAUGGAAAAAAGGAAACUACUACCAAUUCACCGCCACCAAAGGGGAAGUCCCUCCUUCACAAACUAUCCGUCUUCGCCCUAGGGAAGCGAAAGACCACCGCCCGUAAAAAAGAUACAUCAGUAUUCGAUCGAAUCACAGAAGCUGUCUAG